GGAGAGCAGCGGAUCGAACGCUUUGGGGAGCAGCCUCGCGCACAGGCAGUGGAGGAUCGGAACGUGCCCGUGCGCGCGGUGGAGACGAGAGUAACGGCGGACGGUCGCGAAGAGACGGCGGAUUCCCCCCCCCCCGUCCGCUCGAGCACCAACAACAGCAGACAAAAAUAAGAGAGAAUAAAACGCAAAACAUCGCGAUUCAUCGAAAGGAUCGGCGAGUCACGGCGAUCGCAGCGCGGGGGGAACCGGGGAUCUGCUCAGCAACUUGUGCUUUUUGUUGUGCGCUGUGUGUGUGGCGCGCGCUCGCGUCGGUCGAGGGGCUCGCGAGCGAGCGAGCGAGCGAGCGAGCAAACGAACGAACGAGGCAGGGCCGUGCGCGCGCGCUCGCUCGGAGAUGAUGGUCGGGGAGAUGGAGGUGAAGGAGAGACCGCGGCCCAGUCCCGACUACCUCAUGCAGCUGCUCAACGAGAAGAAGCUCAUGACGAGCCUGCCCAACCUGUGCGGCAUCUUCACGCACCUGGAGCGCCUCCUGGACGAGGAGAUCAACAGAGUUCGGAAGGACAUGUACAGUGACUCGGUGAACGGCCUCGUAGAUAAGCAUCCCCUGGAGCUCCCGGAGCCUGUUGGACCCGUCAUUCACUUGCAGGAGAAGCUCUUUGUGCCUGUGAAAGAGUACCCUGACUACAACUUUGUGGGCAGGAUCCUCGGGCCCCGUGGGCUCACGGCCAAACAGCUGGAAGCUGAAACAGGGUGCAAGAUCAUGGUGAGAGGCAAGAGCUCCAUGAGGGACAGGAAGAAGGAGGAGCAGAACCGCGGUAAGCCCAACUGGGAGCACCUGAACGAGGACCUGCACGUGCUCAUCACGGUGGAGGACACACAGGCACGGGCCGAGAUCAAGAUGAGGAGGGCUGUGGAGGAGGUGAAGAAGCUGCUGGUCCCUGCGGCUGAAGGAGAAGACAACUUGAAGAAGAUGCAGCUCAUGGAACUGGCCAUCCUCAAUGGGACGUACAGAGACACGAAUGUCAAAACGCCCACCCUUGCCUUCUCUCUUGCAGCAGCUGCAGCGGCAGCACAGGGCCCUAGGCUCAUAGCUGCCCCUGCAGGUCAAGUUCUGCCCCCCACGGCCCUGAGGCCCCCCACGCCAGCAGGAACUCCAAUCAUGAACAUCAUCCGGCCGACCCAAAUGGCUGCAAUGUUGCCCAACGGGACCCCAACCCUUGUGCCCCCCACGCCCGACGCAGGCAUCAUCUACACCACGCCCUACGAUUACCCUUACGCCCUGGCCCCCACAUCUCUGCUGGAGUACCCCAUCGAGCACAGCGGGGUCCUAGGUGCAAUGGCAACUAAAGUGAGACGGCAUGACACUCGUGUCCAUCCUUACCAAAGGAUUGUGACCGCAGACAGAGCCGCCACCGGCAACUAACACAUGACCUUCUGACCUCUGAACUCUUCACCCAAUGACGAGCUGCCCCCAGCCUGCCUGCUGAUCAGUUAACUGGUAAUUGCCUUUGCUAGCCUCUCGGACGCAGCGAGCGAGCAAGCGAGCGAACGCCACCCGCCCAGUUGCCCUAACCGUAUGUCCAUUGAAUCGAAACGACCGCCACCACCGCCGCGCAACUGCAGAAACUCAACAGAAACACAUCAUACCGACAGAAAAACUGUUACUAUGACUUUUGUUUCUCUCUCAGUUAUUUUAUUUUGUUCUUUCUUUUUCUUUGAGUAUCUCCCAGUAGCCAACACGGAUUGGGUGUGUGUUUGUGUCACUACCCAGGAAUCUGCACUGAGUGAAAAGAGCAAUAAAUCCCCUGCCCCACCCCGCCCUGCCCACCCCACCCCACCCCACCCCACCUCUCCCUGCCCGAGGCCCCGCCCUCAGUGUUCAGUGACCUCACUUACUAAUCGAAUAACGCUAACCGGAAGCUGAACCUGAGACAGAGCUGUUCCAUUCUCCACCCAACAAAACGUACCAUCCCUGUCCCUGGCAGCUUAGCUCCACCCCAGCCCAGACUCCUCCCUACAAACUGUGUUGACCCUGCUCCUGGUGGCUUAGCCCCUCCCCCAUCCUGAGGAGGGACACCCAAAAGAGAAAGAAAAAAAGACAUUAACGUUCAUGCAAAGAUGUUAAGUUGUGUCCUCUAUACAAGUAGUUGUGUUUCUUUUGAGCUCAGAGACAUGUUUUGAUGUGCUGACACAUUCUGGGUGUGCCUGGAUUGGCUGUCUCUCAACGCAUGGCUCAGUCAAGCGCAUAUGUCCUUAUUGUGUUCUUCAUACUUUCUUUUUUCUUUUUUUUUUUUUUUUUUUUUUUUUAUUUUCUCCCCCCCCCCCCCCUCCUCCCCCCUUCUUAAGUUGUUGGGAAUGCUGGUGAAGGGUUUGGUCAUGUGUUCUCCAGCCGUUAACCUGUGUGAGGCGACGGCGGCAACAGCAGCACCCUCAUCUCGGUCAGUUGGCCGGUUGGUCCGGCGGGGCUAACGGGUGCUGGGGGAGAGUUGCGCCGAGGUUUCCACAUGAACCGUGCGUGUCUGUGUGUGUGUGUCUGUGUGUGUGUGUGUUGAGGGCCGAGCAUCAACGUGUGUUUUCGAGCCCUUCCACAUCCUGUCUCUAUACAGUGCCUCAAGUACACAUUUGUAUUUCUUCGAAACGCGAGCUGUGAUCAGAGUUGUGUGCAUAUUUAGCCAAAGGGUUGCCAGCAAACAGUGUACCUUUAUAUAUCAAGGAAGCGGAGGCUUUAGUGUAGUUAUUGAACGCAUGUGAUGAUGUGCCGUCGGUGUGAAGACGUCCUCGGGUGACCGAGGAGGCUCUCGGUCCCGACGAAGACGCACCGUGAACACUACAGAGGGCUGUUGGGCUGAGACUUCUACACGCACUUCUCAACUGCUCUCUUCUGUCACAUUAUAGUCCCUAUAAUUUUGUGAUUCUCAAAUCUCAUCACUAAUCGCAACGUUUUUGGUUUGAUCUCGUAUUUAGAAAACUUCUUCUCUUGAAUUUACUCAGAUUGUUGUAACACUUUGUUACAGUGUUUGCUGUUAGUUUUUUUUUUUUUUUAAAAAACUGGAUUUCUGAUGCAGAAAACCCAGAGUCACGUGACUUAGCGCAUCCACAAUGUGUCGUACGCGUCUCAUGACAUAGCCGGGGUUCUGUACACCUCCAGAUGUUUCUUUCUCAAGAAAAACUAGGAUUUGAAAGCCAUGCCUGCCUGUUCUAAUUGCUUUAUACAUACCUGUUCUAUCUAUAAAUAUAAAUGUAGAUAACCUGUUACUGCAUAACAAUACUGAAGCGAACAAAAUUAGAUACUUUUACAGGGUGCUCUGGUGAAGAAAAUUAUAUUUUUGGCAAUUUUAGCUUUUUUAUACUUCCAGUAAUAAAAUAGAAAAAAUAAAAAGUGGGGGAAAAAAAAAAGUUUGGGGAAAAAUGAGUACAACAGAGUUGGGUAAUAUUGGCUAGGAAAAUGAAGACCAAAAGAGCUGCGUAGGAAUGUUGAAUUGACACAGCUCAGCGAGGAGGGUUCAACGUGGGAAAAGAACUGUAAAAAGUGCCUUAGUGAUGGGGGUGGGGUGGGGUGGCUCGGCUCGGCGUCCAGCAGCCAGGAGGAAGGCGCACGGUGACCGUUUACGGAGCGCCCUCCGCUGGGCCCUCGGUCGCUCUCGCCCGGCUCAGCCGUACACACAACACACUCUUCUAUGCAAACGAAUAGCAGUCGUUCGACCAGCUAGCUACGUGCCAUGGUUCGUCUUCCUCGCUUCAGUUGAGAUUUUUCCUUUAUUCCCCACCUUCUCUACCAGGGCCAACAAUGCCAUUUGAACAAAUUAUUUGAUCUUGAUUUAAUGUGUUUUUUUUUUUUUUUUUUUUUUUUAAAGAAGCUUGGGCGAUUACCCCACAUUGUGAGUGUGUAUGACCCUUUCGUGUGAUUUUUUUUUUUUUUUUUUUUUUUAUGGCGAACAAACUGCCAGUUGCAAUGCAGGUGUCUGCCAAGUAAACAAGCUGAACGAGAUGAAAGACCAGAGGCGCCAACGUGCCAGCAGUAACCCUGCGAAGAAGCAUGGCCGUUUUGCCGCAUCUGAGCCGCUCGGUGACGGUAAACGAGGGGGUGGGUGCAGUGUAAACCCAGGCUUCUUCGAAGCCGGAGCACGGCCCCAUUCUGAGCGUCCAUCGGUUACCUGUUACGGCCGUUUGUGCCAAAUCCAAACCCGAACGUUGCUCCAAGUCCUGCUCGAAGUCAUUAACUUAAGGAUGAAAUUUCCUGCAGGCAUCACGUGACGGUGCGGGUCCGAGUGCAGGGCACGGUCAGUGAGUGGAACGCCCAGGUUUAUCACAACCGCAGGGAACACAUCUGUAGCAUUGUUGGUGGAGGAACUCUUUUGAUCCCUGGCAUAAUCUGUUGAUUAUGAAGCGUUUUCUUUUUAAAUCUAACUUGCUGUUACAUAACAGGUCAAUGAUUUGUUUCUUUUUCUCAGUGUUACGAACUCUUUAAAAAAAAAAAAAAAAAAUGCAAUAUUAAUUAAAAGGAGCGAGAGCAAUUAGUAUUUGACAGUAUUAAAGUCCCUCUGCAGUGUAACGACAAAUAAGCGCUGUGUGUGUGUGUGUGUGUGUGUGUGUGUGUGUGUGUGAGAGAGAGAGAGAGAUGGUCGGCGAGCUCUUCAGGUGUGCAGAGACUGGCCUGCUUACUCUGUAUGAUAAUGUAAUUAACAGCCAUUGUUACAGGUUUAUAAUGUAUUUUUAUAACUUCAUUUUAUAUGUAUAUUAUAAAUCAUUUUCUGAAUCCUCUUUUUUUCUGAUAAGCCCACUGCAAGUUUUUUAAGGUUUAAACUGUCCCCACCCCACCCUACCCCACCCCAACACCCUUCACAUCUUCUGUCUCAUUGGGAGUGUUGCCUUUCCUCGAGUUUUUAUUUUCCUGCCUAUUUCUAGCUUGUUUAACUCAUUAGAGGCUAUUAGUUUCUUGUUAUUAAG